AUGGUUAAGACUAAGGGAUGGGAACAAGAAGUUAUUUUAUGCAUCCCUCACCAAACCACCAUCAAAUAUUUAUGCAAAGAAGGUGGUACCUUAAUUGGUAAACAUGAAGACAUUGAGGAAAAAAUCAUUGAUUUCUAUGGCAAGCUGAUGGGCAAAGCUGAAAUGAACCUUAAUGGUUUCGAUAUUGUUUCUAUGAGGAAGGGGAAUCAGGUCACUAUAGAGCAAAGAAACGAUCUCAUUAUGCAUGUUACUGAAACUGAGAUAGUGAAGGCCCUGAAAUACAUUGGUGACAAAAGAGCCCCAGAUUGGGAAAAGUCCUCCCAUACAUUAUCAGAAAAAGCCAAGUUGCAUUUGUUCCGGGUUAGGAAAUUCAUGACCAUAUCUUGCUGGUAUGAGCUUAUAAAAGGGUACUCUAGGAAAGGUGGAACCCCCAAUGGAAGGCUCCAAAUGGAUAUCCAUAAAGCAUAUGACAUUGUGGAUCAUAAGGCUCUUAAGACUAUUUUAAAGGAGAUAGGAUUCCCUAGAAGAUUCAUUGGCUGGAUUAUGUUGGCAGUCACCACUGUCACCUACCGAUUCAAUAUCAAUGGUGUUCAUUCCAUGGAGUUGGUUGCUAGAAGAGGGUUGAGACAAGGGGAUUCAAUAUCUCAUCUAUUGCUUAUGAUCAUAAUGGAGUACCUGCAGAGACAAUUCAACAAGAUUCAAUGGGUUCCUGAUUUUAACUUCCACUCCAAAUGUGAGAAGCUCAAAAUCAUUAACCUUAGCUUUGCGGACGACUUACUAUUGUUCUCAAGAGGUGACACCAAAUCUGUGGAUCUAAUGAUGGAGAAUUUCGAUGAAUUCUCUAAGGCCACAUGUUUGGUUGUAAACCCUCAUAAGUGA